AGCCGGAGAACAUUCGUUUCGACCUCAUCAGCACGCGCGGCACUCGCUCAGCGCCCACCUUCCCAUCAAGCUCAAAUUGUAUCAUACCCAUCGCCUUCAGAUAUCCGAGAAGAAGAUGAGGACGAGGACGCUCCCGACAUAGACUUUGUUCCGCCAGAGGAGGCGGUCCUAGAGAUGACGGACAGAGCAGCCGAGCAACUCCGUUCAAUUGCACAACGAGAGAAGGAUGCUGCUGCCGCGUUGCGCAUCGCUGUGGAGAGCGGAGGAUGUCAUGGGUACCAGUACAAGAUGGAGCUCGCGAAGAGGCGCGAACGGGAUGACUAUCACUUUGUACACCCGCAGAUACAACCGUCAAAUAUUUACGUCGAUGCAGUGUCCAUGUCGUUGCUCAAGGGGUCCGUGGUCGACUUUGCGACGGAGCUCAUUGGGAGCAGUUUCCGCGUGCUAGAUAACCCACAGGCGAAGGGGAGUGGUUGUGGAUGCGGCGUCAGUUGGGAGCUCAAGCUCUAG